AUGGAAGGGGUCGGCGCGCUGCUGGCCGGCUGCCCUCCGGCCGGCCUGGCGGGAGGCCUGGGGGUGACCGUGUGCGCCGCCGCCGGAGGAGUCUGGCUCUACAAGAGGGCCCGGAGGAAGAAACCCACACACACAACUGUGAACUGCUGGUUCUGCAACCAGGACACUGUGGUGCCGUACGGGAACCGCAAUUGUUGGGAUUGCCCCAACUGCGAGCAGUACAAUGGUUUCCAAGAGAACGGCGAUUACAACAAGCCCAUCCCGGCUCAGUACAUGGAGCACCUGAACCACAUCGUCUCUGGGGCUGGCGCUUGCUAUGACCCCACCAAGCCCCAGCAGUGGGUCAGCAGCCAGGUUUUGCUCUGCAGGAAAUGCAACAACCACCAGACCCUGAAGAUCAAGCAGCUGGCAUCCUUCAUGCCCCGGGAGGAGGAGAAGUACGACGAGGAGAUCGAGGUGUACAAGCACCACCUGGAGCAGACCUACAAGCUCUGCCGCCCCUGCCAGGCUGCCGUGGAAUACUACAUCAAGCACCAGAACCGGAAGCUGCGGGCCUUGCUCCUCCGCCACCACUUCAGUCACCGGAAGAUGGACCAGUCCUACAUGCAGAGUUUCUACGCGGCUGCCUCCGCAGCCUCCGCCACCACGCCAAUCCACGUGCUGGCGCUCCGUUUCCUGGCCUUCCUCAGCUGCACCAUCCUCAUCGUCAUGGCCGUUUAUGGAUCGGGCAACCCCUUCUCCCCUGAGCCGGCCAGCCCUCCUCCCCCGCCGCCAUUGGCGAGGAAUGGCUCUGAGCCAGCCACCCCCAGCAACGGCACUCUGCUGGAACUCCUGGGCUGGCGAGAGAUGGUUCACCUGUUGCCGGAGCAACUGCUGGCGGUGCUGAGCGUGGCCUGGACCUACGGGAAGAACCAUCAGGUGGCUGUCGUGGCCCUGGGGCUGCUGUUGUGCAUUUCGGCCAUGUUGUUAGCUGGGCGCAUCAGGUUGCGGCGAAUCGAUGCCUUUGCCUCUGCCCUGUGGCUAGUGGUGAUGGGCUUCCAUCUGGCGGAGAGGUACCUGCAGGCCGACACCCCCAGCUGGCUGGACACGGCAAAGUUUGGCACGACCUCCCUGUGCUGCCUCGUGGGCUUCGCAGCAGCUGUCGCCACCAGGAAAUCGACGGGCCAGCGGAGACCCCGAUCCCGAAGGUACUUUUCCGGAGACCCGGUCGCAGCGUUCCCCAGCAGUCCUGGCAUGGGCUUCCCAUACCCUCCUGCCGCUCCAUCGGUUUUCAUCCCGACCCCUCCCAGCAUUCUCCCGUUGAUGAACCAGCAGUUCUUCUACUCCCCACGGCGAACUUCCUCUUCUUCUCUUCCUGGACGACUAAACCGGGCCCUCUCCUUGGGCACUAUUCCUUCCCUGGCCAGGACGGAUUCUGGUUAUCUGUUCAGCGGAAGCCGCCCCCCGUCGCUGACCUCUCACUCCAAGGAGUCACCUGUGUCAGAAUAUUUCUCCUUUCUGUCCGGAAGCUGCGUCUCCUCACCCGCUCCGUCGCCGCCACCUUCCGUCGCCGGCUCAGUGACAUCCAGCUCCGGCUCCCUGCACUACCGCCGGCCCCUCAUCAGCCCCGCGCGGCUCAACCUGAAAGGCCAGCGGCUCAUGCUCUUCCCGUCUCAGGGCCACGCCCACCACAGGGAAGACCACAUCCCCUCGGAGAACGGGGUCUUUGCCUCGGACGUGCCCGCCUUCCCGAAGAGGAGUCUGGGUGACCGUGGAAUGCAUGAUAUGAGGUCGGUCAUUGAAGCAGGAAGUGUCUGCAGCAACCGCUCGGUCAAGAAACAAGACGAUUCCUCCCAUUCGUCAAGCUGCGUAGUGGACACCACGACCAAAGGGGAGGAGCUAACGGGCUGGAGGGGUCGCUUUGGGAACUCGGCUGUCCGAGGUCUGCUCGCCAUCAGCCUGACGGUCAACGCCAUCUUCACUUCGGCCUACCUCUACCAAAGUUUCCGCUGA